AUGGCGCAGGAGGGUGGUGGCAGUCCAUCGUGGAUGUCGGACGUGGGGUGUGUGGUCAGCGGGGAAGGGGGUCGCAUUGUCGAUGUGACAGCGGGGUGUGUGGUCAGUGCAACAUGUGACCAGGUCAUGAUGCUGUCGUGGCACGCCCCCGGUGUUGGUGGCAUGGUGGGCGCAUCGUCCUGGGCACGUGCCCCUGGCACUAUCGGAGCAGCAUGGUGCAUCGGCGAUGCUGGGUGCACUUAUGCAUCAGCAUCUGCAUGGCGCAUCCUCUGUGCCAGCGGUGUGUCGGUCGCAACGUCCUGGGCAUGCGCCCCUGGUGCUGUCAGCGCGACGUGGUGCGUCAGCGAUGCUGAGCGCAGUCGUGCAUCGGCGUCUGCAUUGCGCACCCUCGGCACUGGCGGUGUGUUGGUCACGAUGUCCGUGGCCUGCACCGUGGUCACUGCGGGCUUCAUUGCGCAGCUGCGGUGUGUCGGUGCACUCGGCGCCACCUGCGCUGUUGGGCGGUCGGUGGCCCAGACAGCGAGGCAUAUUGGCGUUGGGCUGUCGUGGGCUUGCGCCCCUCACGCUGGUGACGUGGUGGGCAUGUCGUUUGCAUCCUGCGCUGUGGCUGUGAUUGUGCAGCUGCACUGCGGUGCUGUGCUCGUGUGCGUCGGUGCCACGCUGUUGUGGUCGCGCACCCCUCAUGCCAGUGACGUGGUGGGUACAUCGUUCAUGUCCUGCAUCACCACUGUCAUGCACGUGCAUACACUGCGAUGCAGUGGUGUCACACAUGAGAGCAUCAGCACUGUUGGUGUCAUUGGGUGUCCGGUGAGGUGGGUGCAUGGCAGCGGCACUGUGGGAGAUGGCAGGGUGGGCAUACCUCGCGCAUUCUGCUUCCUCGGCUCCUGCUCCUGGUAG